AUGCCUGCGAACUCAACGAGUACUAAGCCAGCAAACACUGUACGCGUCCGCACACAGGGCUCCCUCGGCAUGGCCACCAGCCACAACUUGAAGACGUGGACGUACCAGGGUGUCAUACUGAAAGAGUCUUAUCAUCUGUCGUACCCGUUUGUGGUACGGACUAAUGGGAAG